UCCGUGUGUGCGUAUGAGUGUGUGCGCGCGCGCCUGCGAGUGUGUGCGAGGGAGUUUUGCUCCUCGCCGUUCGCUCAUGAGACGGAAAACGCGGCAAAGACGACGAGCCGUGGCGAAUGCUAAAGAAAAGCGGCCCCGUUCUUAGCUUUAGCCGAGCAACGGCCCUAUUGCGAGUAAAUGGGAUUCAACGUCGUCCGAGAAUGUAAAGACUCUUCUGAAGGAUGGGAGGAAAAAGCUUCGCUGCUACGCUGCUGUUUCUGGGCUGCAUCUCCGUGUCCUCGGUCGAUGCCGACAGUUUGUCUGCGCCGCUCAAUGUGACCAUCAAGACCUUAGAGGGCAACUCGGCUGUGGUCACAUGGGACAUCCUGGAGGGGGACCCAGUCAUCGGCUUUGCCAUCACACAGCAGAAGAAGGAUGUGCGCAUGAUGCGCUUCAUUCAGGAGGUGAACACCACCACUCGCUCCUGCGCACUGUGGGAUCUGGAGGCAGAUACAGAGUACAUUGUCCAUGUGCAGUCCAUCAGUAUGAGUGGCACCAGCCCUCCCAGUGACCCUGUCCUUUUCCGCACUCCAAAAGAAUCAGAGAAACUCGCCUCCAAAAGCCCUGAUGAGGUGACAAUGAAGGAGGUUGGCCAGGCAGCCCAACUGAGGGCUGGAGAGCUCAUCAUUAUAGUGGUUGUCCUGAUCAUGUGGGCAGGUGUGAUAGCUCUCUUCUGCCGUCAGUAUGACAUCAUUAAAGACAAUGAGCCCAACAACAACAAGGACAAAGCCAAGAACUCAUCAGAGUGCAGUACCCCUGAGCACCCCACAGGGGGCCUCCUGCGCAGCAAGGUCUAAAAGCACCUUCCUCCACAGGCAAUAAUGGGCUUUAGCCUCAGGACAUAGCUCUGAGACAUACUAGAAAGCCAUCCAGCGACAUCAUUGUAAAACAGACUGAACUUCCUCAUUUGAAAAGACUCUUUAAUAUUAUAUCCUUUCAAACAACAUGGAACCAUGGACUUUGGUGCUUGUCUGCGAAGGACACAGAGACAACCUCCCACUUGAGCACAUCUAAAGAGCGGAGUGGACAUGAGAAGUGGAAAGUGCCAGACCUCGGUGCGAAGUAUUCCCUCGGGUUUGGAUCCAAACUGGGAGACGGUACAACCAGAGCUGCUGCCUCAGCAGGAGGUCCCAGCAUGCUGAAAGCUGGAAAGCCAGGAGCGCUAUACCACCUGAGGGGCAUGCCUUUGCCUCCAGCGUCGCCUCACACAGAUAAGGCGAAAUGUGUCAUCCCCUUGGAGGCAGAUGCUAAAUAAACCAGGGUUGUGCGAUAAA